AUGGUUUGGGAGAUGUCACAGUUGAGUUCGUACGCAAUUAUUGUUUCAAGUUUCAUUCAAAGUGGGAAUUGGCUUCCUUCCAUACUCCCGAUCGCCCUUCUAUAUGUUGUGUCGCUGCCUCCCACCCUCCCCCCCAACCGCCAGCCCCCUGGAUACACUUGGAGAUUUGGUACAAAAGACACCACAAAGCACGCGGAGGAUGCUUAUGGUGAUCAGCCGACCCGGCCAACGUUUUGCCCACGCGGGAAGGAUCUCAAUUGUGCCGAGGUGUUUGCCUCAAAACUGGAUGGAGAGAAGCAUGUCAAGGAGGUCCACAACUAA